CCCCUCAACAACCGCCCGUGCAUUGCCCACAAUGGUCGCCGCAGGCUCCAUUACUGUUGCAGUGCGCGUCCGACCACCGACCUCAUGGGAGGCCGGACGCCUUCCAGAGCCUUGCUACGAUACCACCAUUCGAGGUGACGGCACUCUUUCUACACCCAAAUGUGCUGCAAAUACUUCAACUCUACGCGAGGUUGUCCAGAUCGUCGACGACCGUAUCCUUACUUUCGACCCAGCCGAGAAGGACGGAGCGAAAGCAUUUGUUGAGCGGGGAUUCACACCGCCUGGAACGAAGCGAUACAAAGACAGGCGAUUUAUGUUUGACAAAGUGUUUGACCACGAGGCGCAUCAACAGCACGUCUACGAGGCAACUGCCCAGCCGUUGUUAAAAGGUCUGCUUGAUGGAUACAAUGCUACGGUGUUUGCGUACGGGGCUACUGGCUGUGGCAAGACUCACACCAUAAGCGGCACUGAAUCUGAUCCCGGCAUCAUCUACCUCACCAUGUCAGACCUCUUCCAACGCAUUGAGGAUCGACGAGAAGAGUCAAUUGUUGAUGUUUCAGUAACCUUCCUCGAAAUCUACAACGAGGAAAUCCGUGACUUGCUUGCGGAUCCGGGUGCACAUAUGCCACGAGGCGGACUCUCUAUAAGGGAAGACAAAGCAGUCAAGGUUGUCGGCUUAACGGAGCUGAAACCGAGCUCAGCGGAGGAAGUGAAGGAAAUUGUGUUAUUAGGAAAUUCGCGUCGAACUCAGAGCCCUACACAUGCCAACGAGACGUCCUCAAGGUCCCAUGCUGUCCUUCAGGUCCAUGUCACCCAAUCCCCACGCACCGCCUCGCUGUCAGAGCAGCGGACGGUCGCCACCCUCUCCAUCAUUGAUCUUGCUGGAAGCGAGCGCGCAGCAGCCACGACUAACAUGGGUCAGCGUAUGGUGGAGGGAGCGAACAUCAACAAAUCCCUAUUGGCGCUUGGCAACUGCAUUAACGCGCUUUGCGAGAGUGGUGGUGGCGUGCGCCAUGUACCCUACCGCAACAGUAAACUUACGCGUCUUCUCAAGUUCUCCCUUGGCGGCAAUUGUAAGACGGUCAUGAUCGUCUGCGUCGCUCCUACAUCCAAUCAUUUUGACGACACACAUAACACUCUCGUCUACGCCGAACGGGCUACCAAAAUCAAAACCAAAGUGGUUACCCGAAAUGUUGUCAAUGUCGAUAGACAUGUCGGCCGAUAUGUUGAAGCUAUUAAUCGGCUCAACAUCGAAAUCGCGGAACUCAAGGCCAAACUUGCUGGCAAGAAUAAUUCCGAAAACGAUAUUGUUCGUCGGAAAAAAGCAGAGGCGGCGGCUGAAGUGGAGAGAGCGAAGGAGGACAUGAGUGUCAAAUCUGAGCGGACAAAGGAUUCAAUUGUAGAGGGAGCAGCCUGCGCCGGGAAGCUAUCCGUAGCUAACAUCAAGCUAGGCGCAAUUCGUGCACGACUGUCGGAAAUCGACGCCUGCACCUCACUAUCAGCCGAUCUUCAGGCCGAACGCACACUUUUGCAAACUCUGGCCAGUCCAGAGGAACAGGCUAUUAAACCAGGCUCUGCGCUAUCCGUCAUGGUGCAACGAUCAUCAAACUCCAGGGCCAUGUUCGAUGCUACUAUGCGUGCUGUGUCUGAGAGAAAGUCGGAGAAGCUCGACGAAGUUAGCAUAGAGAACGUUAAGCUUGACGCUAUCCGGAGGAAGGCGGAAAUGGAAGCCAUGAAGGCCCAGGAAGAAAAGAGUGCAAUGCAGAAUGCGGUUGAGGACAUGGCCGAAAUGAUGGUCGUACUGAUUGGAAUGCUGAGCCGUUGCACGGUCGCCAUCGGUGAUGCUGCCAAAGCUUUGGAUGCUGCCUCUCAAGAUGAAUUGCCCGGCGCUUCUUCCCAGAUCGCAGGUUUGCUGGCUGGCAUAAGGGAGAAGAACGAUGAUAACUUUACGAGGCUUAUCGGACACUCCACGCGUGGCUAUGGCAUGGAUUCGCAGAGCACCAACGUAUUGGACAGUUACAAAUCUUAUGACGUGUCUUUCACGCGCAAAGUCAGCUCAGGUCCCGGAAAACAAAACAAUUCCCGCUCCUCUUACGGCGCAAACACUUCCAUGUCUGCGUACAACUCCCUUUCUAUGUCACCUCGGCGAAGCCACAGGUCACCGAGAAAGUCCUUGCGAUCAAGCUUGGCAUCUCAGCCGUAUAGGCGCGUCUCGGACAAAGAAAAGAAGUUUGUCAAAGCAGGAAAGAGUGUGCAAUGGCGAGAUGAAGCUGGUCGCGGAGACUUGGAUGAUGGUGGCGCUCGCCUGAACCCAGUCUCGGUCACUGUCAUCCCACCGAGCCCCAAUCCCGUAGCGGACGUUAGCGUUGCUUCCAGUUCUGGUGUAACAGUACAAGCAUCUCCGUCAGUCAGACCUGCGUCACGCUGCGGAUCGGAAAGCGAAUGGGAAGAUGACGAGAAAACAGAUGAUAGCGUCCAUCUUUCCAUGUCACUUCCUGCUUCAACUCGUGAUCUCGCACCAUCGAAACACUCGUACGGUUCUGUUGUCGGCAAGCGACCCCGCCCGAGCCGACUGGAUCCCAGCUUCCUGAAAUCAAAAUCAAGAGGCCCGACCCUGGGAAGUCUAGCUGAAGGCGACGAAAGCGAUGCUGAACCUGAACGCCGGAUCUCACAACCUCUCGCUCCAAGAAGUCUGAAUUCAGCGGAAGAUUUUACGGCCGAGGGUAGGAGCCGGUCGGUCUCAGUUGGGAGCCAGAAAGGGAGGGCAGCGUCUGGACGGCGAAUAUCGUCAGCUUCUCGGUCUGUGAUGUCCACGCCAGGAAAGAGUCGACGACGUUCAAACCUCGGCCCGCUGCGUGUCGAGAAGGCACGAAGGCGAUCAAGUAUGAUCCCUCAACUUUCGCCACCGAACGGCCAUGGGACAAGCCAUGGGGAGUCAAGUAAACCGAGAAGGAUCCUGCUGGGCAGUCCUUCGAAGCGAGCAAAGAGACUUUCUCUGACCUCCCGAGGCAUGCCGGCGCUCAAACUGAGGUCAACGACAAGCUCCAGGUCCUCAUCUUCGGCGAAUUUAUCAGCCACGGAUGGCAACACAAGCGCAGACAUCAGUAUGAAUAGAUCUUUCCGACCUACAUGGCGAUGAUGCCUUUACCCAGCUUCGCUCAUGACCUUGUACGUUUAACGUUAUCUUAUAGCUUCUCUAUCUCCCACUGUAAUCCCACCAUGUUUUGUCAGGGAUCUUUUUCUGUAUAGCCAUGCAUUUUGUUUUCUGUCCGUCAUGCCUUUCACGCAGAACUCACUUUCAUAUGUGAUACUAGAUAUUAUACCCGGCGCUUACUAGUCCUGUAUAUAUUUAUCAUGAUAUUUUGGCCGGAUAUUAUGCAUUACGUUUGACCCUCCUUCCGGCAUUCGA